AUGGCCUUUCAAACAUUGUCCGUUUUGGUUGUAGUGUAUGCAGAUACAAGCAGUGAGAAAGCAAAAUGUGUUAUAGAUGUUGGCAUUUUUUCUUGUGGUUUAGCGUUUGUCGAUUCCAAACUAGCUGAAAAGGCCGCUCAAUCACUUUAUCCUGCUGACACACUAGCAAACGGUAUAGGUGAUGCUUUUCGCCAUUGUUUUUGGAGUAGCUUGAUGACAGUUCAUAUUGGUUCGGAUAAAGCAAAAAAAAUUGCCGAUAAUCAUGAACUAUUUGGCUCUAAUUCGGUAAAAGAACAAAACAUGGAUUAUUAUAAUAAUGAAAUUGGACGAGAGAUUGGUCGUCAAAUUCUUCUUAGUGCAAUAAAACCUCAUGAACAAACCCAAGUAGCACAAAAUAAAUGUUCAAACGCUGUUACCACUGAAAUUCUACAACUAGCGCCUUGA